CACGUUUCUCUGAAGGUGUCUUUGGGUGAGGAAACAUGGCGGUCGCCGGCAGAAGGACGCUGGACGGAGGAGAAUCGAUGCGUUUUUCUGAGUUUAAACCAAAAACAGACUUUAAUAGUGGCGGAGAAAUAGACAGACGGCUGGGAGGGACUCUGAUCGUAGUGGGUCUUGGUGUGGCCGCUGUGAGUUUUGCAGGCCGCUAUGCGUUCCAGCUCUGGAAGCCGCUUGGACAAAUGUUCUCUGACACUGUGAAGAAAAUGCCCACAGCGGCUUUCUCCACAUACUACAGAGGAGGAUUUGAGCAGAAGAUGUCCAAACGAGAGGCCAGCCUCAUCCUGGGAAUCGGCCCAGGCAGCACUAAGUCAAAGGUACGCGAGGCCCAUCGGAGGAUCAUGGUCCAGAAUCACCCAGAUAAAGGCGGCUCUCCGUACCUGGCGGCAAAGAUUAAUGAGGCGAAAGACAUUUUGGACAAAGAGAGCCGGUGAUGACAUCGUUCAUCCGUCCAGCUUUGUUCUGCUGGAAUACCUCAUUCCAAACACCAGACUCGAACCUCAGCUCUUCUGGAUGCACAGCUUCCUGCUCCCCUCUCGCUCACUAUGAGAAACGAGGACACCUUGUGGUGAAAACAAUAACAGAGAAGUGGCUGACAUUGUCCAACUGGUAGAAUAUGCACUGUAAAAUAGUUAUAACUUAUGUAAAAUAGUUAUAACUUCUCAAAUGAACAGUUGAGACCUUGCUGCACAUUUGAACAGCAUUUGUUGCCAUCUAGUGGGUGAUGUGAGCAUUUCCUUCUGUGAAUUUCAUAUAUGAAACCAAAAUUUAGUUUAAAAAAAGCAUUCAUAAAUGUCAAAUGCAUGAU